CCUGAUAUAUAAAAUGCAACUAUUUCUGGUUGUAUAAUUUUACAAACAUACGCUAAUUUACAAGCGUUACGUAUACGUCUGAAAUACGUUUAAUACUAGGGAUGACCCGUAUUUGGACAUUUUUGCGGGAUAUUUUUUGGCGUUUCACCGGCGGCAUAGCUGCCUAUGGGUCUUCCGGUCUUCCAGCAGGAAAAAGCGCCAACUUCUGCUGCACCGUUUGCAUCGCCAAACAUACUUGACUGGAUACUCCGUGAAAUAUAUUAUACUUUGACCUGGAAUCACUCAUUUAGUGAGGUGCGCUGUUGCAUCUCUGUAGAGAAAAUUAUCUUCCGAGGCAACAUUGCCAGCAUAAAGAUGCCAGGUCUGCAGAGGGGAAAUGUGGUGGCGGCGCUGGGGAGCCCCAUCAGGAGGAGUAAACUGUCUCUGAAGUUCCUCCAGAAGAAAGACACUAAACGGGCUCUGGAUUUCUCUGAACCUCAAGCAGAUGAGCCCAAACCAGUUGAGCAAGUGGAGCCUGAGGAAAGCAGCUGUGAUCAGGCAGUCCCAUGUCCAGCCUCACCUGGCCUUCUCCUGUCAUGUGAGAAGAGAGAGAGCCCGGCGCCAUUUGUGGGUUUCAACAACUUGGGCAACACCUGCUAUUUGAACAGUAUCUUACAGGUGCUGUACUACUGCCCAGGGGUCAGAGAAGGAGUAAAGAAACUGUACAACCUGUCUAAAAGAAAAGACAAACCAAAGGAAGAAACUGAUAAAAGUGAAGAGCAGUCAGAAGUUGUCGCUGAUGCUUUGCCGGCUCAAAUUGAGCUCCUUGGGAGCUUCAACAGUCUUAUAACUUCAGUGGAGCAGCUGCAGUCCAACUUCCUGUUAAACCCCGACAGCUUCAGUGAUGGAGAACUCGCUACGCCGCCUCGAAAAAUACUCCACACACUCAGGCAGCUGAACCCCAUGUAUGAAGGCUAUCUUCAGCAUGAUGCCCAAGAGGUGCUGCAGUGCAUCCUGGGAUAUAUCCAAGAGGCUUGUGCCACCAUCAGGAAAGAGCAGGAGUUGGAGAGGGAUGCCAAUGAGACUGAGGUUAAACUUGAGAACAAUGUCCAAUUGGGAUCCAGCAGAUCUGCAACAGAAUCCACAACUCCCUCAGAAGAGGACGGCCAAGUCAGCGGCAAGAGAAAGAGUGACACUGAAGUGGGAAAUGCCAAAAAGAAGCCAAAAUCUGUCAAGUCUAAGAAAUCUGAUGCAGAAGAGGAUAAUAAACCCCUCACCCGGUCCAAAAGGAAGUCCAUCAGUGACAUCACGAUGAACAGAGACAAAGAGGAUCAGGAGGCCAAGAAUGAAAAGAUGAAGAAACUAAAUAGGGCGGAGGAGAAAGGCAGUGAUGGUGAGGGGAAAGGUGACAUGGCAUCUAAAGAGGCAGAGGGGAAAGGAAAAAAGAAGUCUAAGCUGAGCUGGCUGAGGCCUUCUGGGAAACAACCUAGUAUCUUCUCCAAGUUCCUCAGUGUGGGAAAGAUCAGCUCUGUGAAGAACCAGAACAAACCAGAGCAGGAGAAUGAGCUGAAUGUGGAGCAAAGUCCGAAUGAGAAGACCAGUGAAGAGAGAUCGCCACAAAAAGACGCUGAAGUUGAGACGCCAGUGAAACUUCAUGAGGACCUGGACCUGAUGGAGCACUUGUUCCAGGGCCAACUGGUUUUGAGGACUCGCUGUCUGGAGUGUGAGAGCUUCACGGAAAGGAGAGAAGACUUCCAAGACAUCAGUGUCCCAGUACUCGAUGACGAACCCAGCAGCCCAGACGACCUCUCUGAGGUUUCUCCUGAUCCCAAACCAGGACCGAAGACUCUGAAAUGGGCAAUCGCUCAGUUUGCGUCAGUGGAGCGCAUUGUUGGGGAGGACAAAUACUUCUGUGAGACAUGUCACCAUUACGCGGAGGCUGAGAGAAGUCUGCUGUUUGACAAAACCCCGGAAGUCAUCACCAUUCACCUGAAGCGCUUCGCCGCCAACAGUUUAGACGUGGACCCAUAUGCAGGUCUGUCCAAGGUCAACACUCCCUUACAAACCCCUUUGACCUUGUCUCUGGAGGAGUGGUGCACCCGGUCCUCGGCCACAAAGGGCCAACGCUAUCGACUGUUUGCCGUGGUCAUGCACAGUGGCGUCACCAUCAGCAGCGGCCACUACACGGCCUACGUCCGCAUGUCUGAUCUGAAAGAUGCGAAGCUGUGGGACAGAAAAGAAACGGAAGAGGAGGUGGAAACCCAAGUGAAGGAUGAAUGUCUGGACUAUGAUGAUGGAGAGGUGUCUUUCAGCCUGAACGCAAGGGGACAGAGAGGUGCGAGUUUGGCGAGCAGCAAAACGGGAGGAAAGAAGUUGUCAGAGGGUGCAGUUGGACUCUUGGGUGGCCAGAGGAGUCUGACUAGUUGUGAACUCGGGAGCAACAGCAAACACUCGGAAAAAGCAGCCAACAGUGGAUCGACAGAUGGAUCCAAACGGAGGAAACCCAUCAACAGCCAAAAUGGUGAAGCGGGACAAAACAAGGAAGCUGGAGUGAGAGACUCUGCCACAGGGGAGGCCACAGAGCGGCGGGCUUUGAACAGCCUCCUUGAAUAUGAGGGCAAAUGGCUGCUGUUUGAUGACUCCGAGGUGCGUCUGUUUGAGGAGGAAGAUUUCCUGCUCUCCUGCUCUCCUGAGACGUCCUCCUCGUCAACACCGUACCUGCUGUUCUACAGAAGGAUGCCCGGACCCCAAAACUGACAUGGACACCAGGUUGUGCCAGGCAGACGUUUUGUAGCUAAACACCAAGACAAAUUACCAUUUUGUGGCCAAACACACUGCAGCUGCCACAUUAGCAAUCAAACUGAGACUCAGAUGUUCAUGAACCUAUUUACGUUUUGGAAAUAUUUAGUCAAAUGGGAAUUACAUCUUCUUCUUCUGGUAUGUGACUUCUCGUGAACUGUCCUUUUGCGAUCUGUCCUAUCAUUUAGGUUUUUUUUUGUUUUUUUUUUACAAAUUGGAAAAGCACUUUUGAACAGAACUUUUACUAUUUGAGUUUCUUUCUAUGCCUUUUUUAUUUUCUAAAAUGUAUUAUUUGUAUGUCAAGAGACUGUUACGGCUGUGCAUGUUUGGAAUAGAUUACUCAACUAAAAGCCAAAACAAGAACCAAAUCUUUUUCCAUUUCAAAGCAAUAUCAAAUAUGCUUCAUGAGGUAAGGGAACAAAACCUUUGCCUACUGCCAAGAAAGUUUUGCAACUGAUGCCUUUUUCUUCUUCUAAAGACUGACAUGUAAGUCAUCUAUGUAAUAACCUUUUACACUGGCAUAUUUUUACAUUGAUAAAAACACACUCAUGUUUAUCUAAUAUAUACCAAGCUUAUACCUGGUUCUCGUUAAUACUCAAGUUAUUGCAGGGUGCAAAUUCAGAGUAAAGAUAUUUAAUAUGUAUAUUUCUUUAAUCCGCUAUCGUUCCUAUUUAAAAAUAGUUCAGAGAAGGAAAGGUCAAAUGCCCGCUCAGUGAGACUGAAUGCAUUUGACCUGCCUUGUUUUCAAGAAGUAUUUUUGGGCCAAACAAAUAAACAUUGCACAAUUGAGCCAUAAUAAGACAAGAAUUAAGAGUGCACAGGAACAGAUGUGAGACCAACGCAUGUAAAAGUGUAGAUUUGAUUGCUUGUUAUCUUAUAUGUCCAAUGUUGGAAGUUUGUAAUACUUGUGUUUACAAUAGCCAAAAUGAACAAAAUGUGUUGACUUUGUAAUUGAAUAAACCUCCUCCAUCAAUGGCAGGCUCGUUUAAAACUAGCAUGUCGAACACAAUCAUUCCAAACAAGAAAAUGUAAAGUUAUCACAAAAGGAUUUUGCUCUCAGAAUGUGUGCCUGUGAACACACAAAUAAUCAUGUUACUAUUGUUUUUGUGUACUUGAUAGAUAUAUUUGUUUAAAAAAUAUGAUUGUGUUAAAAUACUGAGUGACAGUCUCAGGUUCCACAGCGUCAGUGUUUAUAAAUCCAAUCAGGGUUUCGGGGAUUGAGUUAGUUUAUUUAGUUUAGUGAUUAAUACCCAUUAUGGACCAUAUGCCGUGUUGUACAGCUGUAAUUAUAUUCAUGUUGGCAGGUCAAUUCUAAAGCAAUAAGUUUAUUUCCUUCA